AUGAACCCGAGUAUGGAUGGCAAUGACUCUGGGCGAGAAUUCCAGGAGGCUGAUGACGACAUGAUUGAAAUCCAGUCGAUUCCUUCUCUUACCGACGAUAUAAUGUCACCAAGUGACUCCGGACCUGUGAACUGGAAUGUUAUUGUGGACCCUGAGCUCAGGGCUCUGUAUCAGUAUGCAAUCAGCCACUUAGACGAGAACAGAUUCUUGAGAAAUCACAGACGAUUACUUAAGGGUUACUACAUCCUGUUACAGUCUCAGGCUCACAAAACGGAUCAAAUUAGUUCUAUUGACUUUCUAAGAUCAAGAAAGCAUAGAAACCUGAUCUCAAGCAAGAUAUUGGGGAGUUUAUCCCCUCAGAAAGCCGGACAAAGUGGAGACCUACGCGAGGAAUUGCAGAAAAACGAAAACCGCAACCUCACUAUAGAGAGGUAUCUUAGAGGCCCCGACGAGACAUAUGAAGCAGGUUCAGAGACCAAAAUGUUAUGCUUCAAAGAAGAUGGCGAUGACCGCGAGGUCUCUGAAAACGAGGGACAAAGUGACAGCGAUACGAACGAUGGCGAAACGUCCAAAUCUACGGUUUCUGUCUCAUGCGAGAAGUUAGCAGAAACUCGACAAUUUCUCACUUCAGGCGUAGCGCUGACAAAAUUCAAAACCGACUUUCGAGACUUUCUCUUUCCUAAGGCGAAAGCAGAAAAGGGAAAAGCCAUAUUCAGAGUUGAAGGACGGUCUCAAAAUUGGGCACAAUGUUACAAAUCGAGUUUCUUUGGUUGGAUAUAUGACGUUUGGAAGCCGCCGACGUCGACGCACCACAGAAUCAGAUACACCUGUGUAAGAGGCCACCCAUGCGAUGACCGGGUCGCCAUUAUUUCCAAAUAA